UGGGUAUGACUGCACUUGUUACGUCAUAUGAGAAAUUGCUGUUUUGCUGUGUACCUCCGUUUUCCAACAGCUUGCAACGAAAGCCCUUCAGCUAAUAAUUGAGAUGGCGGAGGGCGAGUUAAACGUGGAUAGCCUGAUUUCUCGGCUUCUAGAAGUGCGAGGAUGUCGGCCAGGCAAGUCAGUGCAGAUGUCAGAGAUGGAGGUGCGCAGCCUGUGCCUUAAGUCGCGUGAGAUCUUCCUGCAGCAGCCCAUCCUCCUGGAACUGGAAGCACCCCUGAAAAUAUGUGGCGACAUCCACGGCCAGUACACGGACCUGCUGCGACUGUUCGAGUACGGCGGCUUCCCGCCCGAAGCCAACUACCUGUUCCUCGGCGACUACGUGGACCGGGGCAAGCAGUCGCUGGAGACCAUCUGCCUGCUGCUCGCCUACAAGAUCAAGUACCCGGAGAACUUCUUCCUGCUGCGCGGCAACCACGAGUGCGCCAGCAUCAACCGCAUCUACGGCUUCUACGACGAGUGCAAACGACGCUUCAACAUUAAGCUGUGGAAGACGUUCACCGACUGUUUUAACUGUCUGCCGAUCGCGGCCAUCAUUGACGAGAAGAUCUUUUGCUGUCACGGCGGCCUGUCGCCCGACCUGCACAACAUGGAGCAGAUCCGGCGCAUCAUGCGGCCCACCGACGUGCCCGACACAGGCCUGCUGUGUGAUCUGCUCUGGUCGGACCCCGACAAGGACGUGCAGGGCUGGGGCGAAAACGACCGGGGCGUGUCCUUCACGUUCGGCGCCGACGUCGUCUCCAAGUUCCUGAACCGACACGACCUGGACCUCAUCUGCCGCGCGCACCAGGUGGUGGAGGACGGCUACGAGUUCUUCGCCAAGCGGCAGCUGGUGACGCUAUUCUCGGCGCCCAACUACUGCGGCGAGUUCGACAACGCCGGCGGCAUGAUGUCCGUGGACGAGACGCUCAUGUGCUCCUUCCAGAUCCUGAAGCCGUCGGAGAAGAAGCCAAAGUACCAGUACGCCGGCAUGGGUAACAGCCGGCCGGUCACGCCACCCAAGACGCCGCCCAAGCGCAAGUAGGCGGCAGAGCCGGGCUUCGCGCCGCCGAGGGCCGCCUCCCCAGCGGAGCGGGCGCUGGGCUGGCGUCCCGCGCUGGCGUCGGCUGUGCGGACGUGUGCGUGUGCGUGUGCGUGCACGCGAGGGGUGUCGGCCGUGGCGCAGGCGGGGUGGCCGCAGCGCCGGCGCGCGGCCGGCGCGCCGUUUUACCCGUCCGUUCGCUGCUGGUGAGGCCGCGGUCGCUUUAAGGGGCCCGUGUGGGCUGGGCGCGGCGUGGCAGCGGAGCUUCCGGCCGGGCUUGGGACGGUAUGACGUGCCAGUGCGGUGCGGUGAGGCGCGUGUGGGCGGCCGGGACGUGGCUCCGCGCCGUGGAGGCGUGUGUGUGAUGUUGCACCGGGCUUGGUCAGCUGGGUGGCGGCGGCCGUUUGCCGGAGCGCGCGCUCGAUGGGUCACAACAUGGCAGGCAGCCUGGACCGCCCCCCGCCCCGGCUGCCCGCGCUAGGUAGUUCGGGGAGUGGCCGCCGAGCGGCGAUGCGUCGUGCUGGGUCUCGGUUGUGAGGUGGCCCCCAAGCUGCGUCGCACGUGUUUCAUCGCCGGAUUGCGGUCUGUUAGAAGCGCUCUGGUAGGCGCGCGACAUGCAUUGUCACCGCGUGUGUGUUAGUCACACCCGAAUUUCGCUUCUGCGCCGGAGGUUCCGUUCCUGUCUCGGCUCUCCCAGUCAGGGGUCCACCGGCGUCGGCAGUUAGUUGUGUGUCCUUGUAGCAUUAGUUGCACAAAGCUGUCGGUGGCUACCGUCGUUCGAGCUCUCGAUUCCCGCCGGUUAACGCUGUGACUUGGGGCCCCUGCUGCGCUGAAUGUGGAUGCCGGUGGCCCCAGCUCUCGCUCCCGCGAGCGGGAGGGGGGAGGGGCUCUCGGGACCGUUUUGUUCUGUUCAGUCUUUGCCACGGCUGUCUGAGCCACAUGUGUUUACACGUUAUGUAUAAAAAUAAAAUGUAUUAGAGA